CCUUCAUUACGUAUGCAAUCCCUAUCCAAAUUCGCCAUGAUAACACCUCCACUACCUUUCCUUUCUCAAAUUUCUCUGCAAAUUUACAUCACUUUUCUCUUUCAUUCAUCUUCUUAACUUUCUUUCUUAUUAUUAUCUCCCUGAUUCAGAGUAUUACUCUUCCUUAUUAUCACUUACUCUGCUAUCCAUGUAUAGAUUUGGUGAAUGAAUGAAUUCUUCUAUUUUCUUGCUUGAUUUGUAGUUUUUUUUUUCAGAUUUGACAGACACCCAUUUCACUAUUUGAUCUGAUUUCAUCUGUAUUUAUUGUUUCUUUGAGUUAUUUACAGAUUUGAUAGACACCCAUUUCCUCAUUUGAUCUGAUUUUCAUCUGUAUUACUACUAUGUUUAACAAACCUUUAGUUCUUUCCUUUGUUCUUUUGUUAUCAUUUCCACUGAUUUUCCUUUUUGCCCCAAAAAUCCUUCAUCAGAAACACUCUGAAAUUUCUCUUCCUGAUGAUAUUGAUGAUAUCGCUCUGUUCCGCCGUGCAACUCUUGAUUCAGUCCAUAAACACCGCGGUGGUAUUAAGGCAGUUUCCCGGUUGGCUACUACUAAUCCCCGCCGGAAAAUCGCUUUUCUGUUUCUGACGAACACAGAUCUCCAUUUCGCGCCUCUUUGGGAGCGAUUCUUUUCCGGUCAUGGAGAUUCGUUUAACAUUUACAUCCACGCAGAUCCAUCUUCUAAAGUUGCUUCUCCCGGCGGUGUUUUCGAUGGGCGGUUUAUUCCGGCGAAGAAAACCCAACGCGCCUCCCCUUCACUCAUCUCCGCCGCUCGCCGUCUUCUAGCCACGGCGAUUCUAGACGACCCUUUGAAUUCCUAUUUCGCCGUUGUUUCUCAACACUGUAUUCCACUCCACUCUUUCAAUUUCGUUUACAAAUCUCUCUUCAAAUCCACUCAUUUCCCGGUGCACCGGAGCUUCAUCGAGAUACUUUCCGGCGAGCCACAGUUGUGGGAUCGGUAUGUUGCUAGAGGAGAAUCAGUUAUGCUACCUGAAGUACCCUUCGAUCGGUUUCGAGUCGGGUCACAGUUCUUCGUGCUGACUCGAAACCAUGCCCGGUUAGUAAUUCGAGACCGGAGGUUAUGGAGGAAGUUCAAAUUACCUUGUUUGAACAAGGACUCGUGUUACCCGGAAGAGCAUUAUUUUCCGACCCUUUUAUCCAUGGAGGAUCCGGAUGGGUGUACCCAUUACACUCUCACUCGGGUCAAUUGGACCGGUAGUGUGGACGGACACCCGCACACUUAUUACCCGACGGAGAUUUCACCGGAGCUCAUUCACGAGCUCCGGGAAUCAAAUAAUACUUAUUCACACAUGUUUGCGAGAAAAUUCUCACCGGAUUGUUUGAAGCCGUUGAUGAACAUAGCGAAUAAGGUCAUUUUCCGGGAAUAAAUCGGGUCGGGUGUGGAGUGGAAUCUUUUGUACUAUUUUAAGUUGUUGAAGCAUGGAGAGACAGAGGCGCAAGCCAAAGCUCUUUUGUUGGAAUAAACAAACAAAAUGUUUUUGGUGGUCCUAUGUACAGAAAUAAGGUGUGAAAUCAUUGUCAAAAGUCCCCAAAAAAAGAAAAAGAAAAAAGGGUGUGGGUUUAGAGUGGAGUUUGUUACCAAAAGGGAGUUUCUAAGAAAAUAUAAAGAGCAAAAAGUAGCAAAUGGCUCAUUGCUCUGUUUUUUUCUCUUUUUCCCUCUCUGUGUUCUUAAAAAAUACAAGAAGAAUAGUCUCCCAUUUGCUCCCCCCUUUUUGUUGUUGGUUUCUUUGUGUUAAUGAAGUUACAAUAGUUUGAUCAAAA